CUUAAGUUUUGAUCCAACCCGCCCAAAUUACUCCGCUUUGUAAUCAUAAUCUCCACGUUAUGUUUCAGCUUCUGCAUUCCCACUUCUACUUGUCGAUUGAUCUAUGAUUGAGAUAUGUGUGAAGUUCGCUCCUACUGUUGUAACAAUACAAACUAUAGGCUACGGUUUGCGAUAGGAGGACUAGACCACGCAAACACUGAUUGGGUGUGAAAUUUGAAGAAUAUGGAAUAUGUGAUACCACUAUUCCUACAAAGGUUAUGUACGGGGCAGCUCUGGAUAUUGGAAAAUGAGAAACGCUAGAGAUAAAUAUCACAAAGGCAGGCCAUGGCACCAACUCAAAUAUCAGAUCCAGUAACGUUGUAAAACGAAAUUGCUCGGUUAUAUGGUGUAUAUUGGUAGUCAUUCUGUAGAAAAAUGGUAAACGAUUAAGAGCACAUGCAAAAGCAAUGCAAUCAGUUUAUGAUGCAAGAGACUCUUCGCGUAGCGCAGCUUCUCGGUGCCUUUCAUAGAGGAUUCAGUCGAAUACGACCUUCUUACCCUGGAAAGCAGCAUUGCUCUUCUGCUCCUUGGCUUUCUUAGCAGCCUCCCAGGAAGGAUGCAGAGGCUUCUGAUCUGGGGCUGGGCGAGGCCUAAGUUGUUCGAAGUUCGGAUUCGGGGCUUGCGCAACCCGAUCGACUUUGGCCCUUCGAGAAGACAUGCCCCCUGCAAACCCUCCCCUCCCACGCCUCCCUCUCAUCUCAUCACGAGCUGUAGCCCCUUUCCGCAUAUCCCAUCCACUAUCACGCGAUUUUUCCUUCUCCGGUGGUUGAUUUUUAAGAUGGUUAGCCCCUGAACCAAAUUUCUUUUCCCAUAGUUUCCUCCUAGCCUGUUGGCCCAUCCUAUUUUUCCUCGGUUGAAUUCCCGCUGCGGCGGCGUCUUCGUCGGCGGAUUCAGAUCCUGACCAGUAGCCGCCCAGAGUGAGAGAAGGAAGGAAUGUUGUUUCUGGGUUCUUAUUAUUCGAUUUAGAAGGUUUGGUUUUGGUUUUCGAUAUAGAGGCCGAUGACCCGGUAGAAGGGGUUGGUGAAAGGGACGGUUCAUAUCUUGCCGAAUUACGACGGAAACCAUUAUCGUUGUCUCGCUCCCCCUCCUCGUCCGAUCCUGAUUCCGACUCUGAAGAAGAUGCCAGUCGGGCAUUAUAUUGCUCCAUAUCUGCGUCUUCCAUUUCCAAAUCAUUUUCAUGGCCAUUGGCUUGCUGACGGUUAGAUCUCGAUUCCUCCUCCACUGCGCUCAACCGUUUGGUUAUCGGCGGAGUGGUCUCGCGCGUCCUGCUUUUCUCAACAAGUACUCCAUCACCAAGGCCUAAUAUUUGCCGUAUUCCGCUCAAAAUACCCGGUAAGACGUCUCUCACAGGGUUUGAUUUGAACAAACGGGCUACGACGUUCGCUUCAGGUCCGUUUUUUGGACCUUCGGGGAGGGGCUUCCUCGCCGCCACUCUCGAAAAUGCUGGUGAUUCUGCAAUCCGUUUUGUCUUUGCAAGAUGCUUGAGCAAGUGCCGUUCCGCAGUAACCCCCAAAUCCAACCCCUACAAUUGUCAACUCAAGAUCGAAUUAUAUAUAGUUCGGCAGAACAGCACAAACGAGAAUGUAGACUCUACCUUUAAUGCUUGAAUUUCCUCCUCUAUUCGCGAUAGCUGAGCCGUUUCAUUCGUCUCUGUAGCUGUCUUUUGGCGACGUCCUAGCUUCUGACGUUCAAAACCACGGGCGGUUUUGAGAGCUCGGUGUAUUAGUUGACAGCCAUGCUCAAUCUUCUGCUCGAGGCGGGUGCUUUGAAUUCCCAGUCUCCUAUCAUCCGGGUUGGAUAUGUCUGACUUCUCAUAGUCACCUCGUUUCCGUUUUGACAUGUUAGUGCUUGUAUAUAGUUACUCCUCAGCACCGUAGUUUGCGCGUUCUGCUGCGCACAAACAAUGAAAUAGCUGCAACAUUUUCGCUCAUUGAACAGCUUCGAGGUUUGAAGCAAAAUGAAUUUUGGCGAGAAUCACGUGAAAUGUUGCUGAGUCAGCGCGGUAGUUGGGCCAAGCGGCUAUUCUCCUUCUAAAUCGGGACAGUGGGAACAUCAAACUCGGCAUCUCGUAAGUUAACGAACGCGCUUUAGCAGCAAAACGGCUAACGGUCCGCAGGCGAGCUGUGGAUAUAAAAAUGGUGCAUCGGCAAUCAUACACGAGCAUCUCAUAACUCCAACAACGCCUGACAUGGCUUCCCAAACACCAGAACCCCAGCCCAAGGUCCGCAGAGGGCCUCGAGGCAAUAAGCGUGCCCGCCUUGUCUGCCUUCGUUGCCAUGAAAAAAAGAUCAAAUGUGACCUCCAAAUCAAUAAUUCCGAGUGCGAAUCUCCGAGAUGCUCAAGAUGCGAAGUUGCUGGGUAUGAAUGCCGCAUUCGUCCAUCCAAACGCGGCGCAGGUAAUCGGGCUUCCAUCCGGCAUGGAAGCCUAGACGAUCCUGACGCGGUUGAUUCAUUGCCCAUUGUUUCUUUGCCAUACGACCCCACUUCUAAUUCGACACUGAGCAAUCAUGGCUUGGUUCAGGUUAAGGCUGAACCAUCUGCUCAGCUGGUAGUGCCAGAUGACCGAAUGGUCACAGAAAGCACUUCUUACUUCUCGGGGGGAGUUGGGAGGCAGCAACUCUCGUAUCCAAGUACGCCAGAAGGCAUUCGCCAAUCAACCUCCCAGCUUCUGUCAGCCCGGACGGCCUCGUUACCUGUGAAGACUCACGAUAGCGGGCAUGCCCAGAAUUCCUUGUAUUCUAGCGAAUCAAGUUUUCCACAGAUGCUAGAUAACUCCGCUGCGAUGAAUCAGCUGGGUUCAGCUCAAACGGGGUUACAACCUAUGGAUUUACCUCCCCCGGCACUGCAAGAAAGUUUCAUGGACACUUAUUUUCAGUAUUGCUAUCCGUGGUGUCCCAUUCUCGACAGCUCUAUCCUCUUCCCAGAGCAAGAGGAGUCCCGUUCUGUUCUCUUCAAUCAAGCAUUGGCUCUUCUUGGAAGCCGAAUACAGCCAUCAGUUCUACAGCAUGUCCCUCCGAUUGUGUACUAUAACCGUGCGAAAGCACUCUUUAAUGGGAACCAUGAAAGUAAUCCGAUAACUUGCAUGAAAGCGCUACUGCUAUUUUAUUGGUGGGGUUCGGCCCCGAAUAGCCCCAGCCUCGAUACCGUAUGGUGGUGGACAGGUGUUGCCAUCAGGUUAGCACAGCAAAUCGGCAUACACAGAGAGCCAAAGCCCGGGCAAGUUAUGCGACCAAAUGAAUCUCCAGGUUUGCGGCGACGAAUUUGGUGGACAUUGUUUGCAAGAGAACGCCUAACAAGUAUAUGUCAGGGCAGGCCUUGUAUAAUUGACCCUUUAGACUGCAAUGUCAGGGAACCGUCACUGGAAGAUUUUCCAGAACCAAAGGACCAUUUCCGAGCGCAAAUUUUCAUAUAUUGGGUUCGACUUUCCCACCAUGUUGGCAAAGUUGCAAAAUAUCUGUUGCAAAGAACCGAAACGACACAAUUUCCGGGAUAUUUAGCUAGGCAUUUGGUUGACUGGGUUCAGUCCCUACCUGAAGCUUUGCGCUUACCCAUCGCAACUAAUCGCACAACUCCAUUCAACCGGGAUGUGCACCAACUACAUUUACCCUACCUCACGACAAUAACUCUUCUCUACCUCACAAAGUCCUCCCAGCCGCUCCCCAAAGCAUAUACCACUGCUGUCCUUUCUGCGUCCUGCGUUGCCCGUAUUUUCGAAGACCUUUUAGCCCGGGGAUCCAUUUCGUUUCUCCAAGGUAUGGCGGGGUGGCACAUCGCUGUUGCGAUCUUAGCACUGUUACAUGCACGUCGAAUACCAACCCUGACUGAAACUGCGGACAACCAUAUCGCCCUUCUUAAAAUCGCCCUAAAGGAGAUGGCCAAAAUGUGGCCGUCUGCAAACAUACUAGACCAGGAACUCGACCGCCUUCGCGCGAGUAAUAAAUUCCUCGUCUCCGAAGAGCGGUCCCCAACACACGCCAUGGACGUGCGACCCACCAACUCAUUAUCCGAAUUAGCCGAUCUUGCAACCGGCACACUUAUAAAUGUCAUGGACUUUUUCCCGUUUGCCACGAUCCAGACGAGUCCCCUGAUCGAAAUAUUGUUGACACAAAAUUCUACGAUGAUUUUCGCUGAUCCCGAAUGGCCGCGCGAUAUCUCAACCCAACUACAUGAUUUACUCGACUCGUUUGGAGGUGUUUAGUAGAUGGGAUUUUCUAAUACUUUAACGAGGGCUUUACUUUUGUUCUCCUUUCCAUUAAAAACAGAAGCAUGUUGUUCGAUGCAACUUUUUAUAUACAUAGCUGAGGAAGCGAACUUUCGGUAAAAAAUAGGUGCUCUAUAGCAAAUGGUCUCAAUUUGAUUUAUUAUGAGGGAUGAAUUGGAGUUUUAUGGGGUUUGUCAUGCCAUCGCGUCCGAUUAGAUAGUACUAACCUUCUCCAAGAAGAUUAAUAAUAUUCACCUCGUCGACGAGUUGUCUGGAUAUUCUUGUGAAGACCCAGUUCUUCUCAAUCCUUCCCUGCAAAAUAUGUAACUGUUAGUUCAAGGGAAACUUUUGACAAUUGCCGGUUUCGCCGCCAGUGCCGAGUUAUGGCACAGGGUGGGUUGCCGAUCGCCGAAAGCUUGGCGCGGAAGACACCCGCCCCGCUUUUAUCGGCAAAACUUAACAUCGACCCUUCAUCGCUUGUAGAUAAGAAGUUCAUUCAUACCCGGCAAGAACUUGGUAAACCGCCAGUGCGCUGAUGAAUGGAGAGCCCGUGUAUUUUGCCCCUGGCUAGGUUCUAUACCCGUUGUCAGUGGAUGUUAGAGUUUGAGUCAGUUAUGCAUGAAAACCGUAUGAGCCCACGUUAGGUGGGUACGGGACGUGGC